CGUUCGCCGCUGCCUCGCUUUGCUUCCUCCUUCCCCCUCCCCCUCCCCGAUUGCUCCCCGCGAUUGUCCUCGCCAAUCCGCCCCCCGCCGCCGCAGUAUAAAUCCGCCCGAGCGAGCCCUCUGCGCCGUUCCCACCCCGCUUCGACCACAACCCUAGCGUCGCGCGCCGGCAUGGGCUAGGGUUCCCCUGCGGCCGCGAUGGAGUGGGACAGCGACUCCGACGGCGGCGGCGGCGGUGAAGAUGAGGAGGAAGAGGAGGAGGAGGAGGAGGUCCGGGCCGGGAGCGGGCCCCCGGGGUUCUCGCUGGCCAUCGAGGGCGUGCUGGGCGCGUGCGGGAUGGUGGUCUCCGACGCGCUCGAGCCCGACUUCCCCAUCAUCUACGUCAACCGCGGGUUCGAGGACGCCACCGGGUACCGCGCCGAGGAGGUGCUCGGGAGGAACUGCCGGUUUUUGCAAUGCAGAGGACCAUUUGCUCAGAGGAGACAUCCCCUUGUUGAUGCUGCAGUAGUUACUGGGAUUCGGAGAUGUUUAGAGGAAGGGACCGAGUUCCAGGGUGAUCUGUUGAAUUUUAGAAAAGAUGGUUCUCCAUACAUGGCAAAGCUGCAAUUAACACCAAUAUAUGGAGAUGAUGACACGAUAACACACUAUAUGGGCAUUCAGUUUUUCAACGAUUCCAAUGUGGAUUUGGGGCCAUCGCCUGGCUCUGUAACAAAGGAACUUGUGAGAUCUACAUGGAUUGCACCAGAUAACACUCCCCCACCAUCUUCGGUGGGCAAGGGUAACUUAUGGGAACAUUCUAGUCUCUUCCUACUGAGUGAUGAGGUACUGUGCCAGAAGAUCUUCUCAAAACUGUCACCCAGGGAUAUAGCAUCUGUAAACUCUGUUUGUAAGAGACUGUAUCACAUGACAAAGAAUGAAGACCUUUGGAGGAUGGUUUGUCAGAAUGCAUGGGGCAGUGAAGCUACUCGGACCCUUGAGACUGUGGCAGGAACAAGAAGUUUAGCAUGGGGACGGCUAGCUCGAGAGUUGACCACCCUGGAAGCUGUUGCCUGGAGGAAAUUGACAAUCGGUGGUGCGGUAGAGCCAUCUCGCUGCAACUUCAGUGCCUGCGCUGUAGGGAACCGUGUUGUCCUUUUUGGUGGAGAAGGUGUUAACAUGCAGCCGAUGAAUGAUACAUUUGUGCUGGAUUUGAGUGCCAGCAAGCCAGAAUGGAGGCAUGUCAAUGUGAGCUCGGCUCCUCCUGGUCGCUGGGGCCAUACCUUAUCAUGCCUAAAUGGAUCACGGCUGGUUCUGUUCGGUGGCUGUGGGGGGCAGGGGCUACUGAAUGAUGUCUUCAUUUUGGAUCUGGAUGCACAGCAUCCAACUUGGCGUGAGAUUUAUGGCCUUGCACCACCAGUGCCACGGUCGUGGCAUAGCUCUUGCACGGUGGAUGGUACAAAACUGGUGGUUUCUGGUGGCUGUGCUGACUCUGGUGUUCUUCUAAGUGAUACCUACCUCCUAGAUGUUACAAUGGAGAAACCUGUGUGGAGGGAGAUACCUGCACCUUGGACUCCACCUUCUAGACUUGGGCACUCCCUCUCUGUUUAUGACGGCAAGAAAAUCUUGAUGUUUGGUGGUCUUGCUAAAAGUGGCCCUCUACGGCUCAGGUCUAGUGAUGUAUUCACUCUAGAUUUAAGUGAAGACAAACCAUGCUGGCGGUGCAUCACUGGCAGCGGGAUGCCAGGAGCUGGUAAUCCUGCUGGAGUUGGCCCACCUCCUCGCCUUGAUCAUGUCGCGGUGAGCCUUCCUGGAGGUAGAGUUUUGAUAUUUGGUGGGUCUGUAGCGGGUCUUCACUCAGCUUCGCAGCUUUACCUCCUGGAUCCAGCUGAAGAGAAGCCGACCUGGAGGAUUCUGAAUGUUCCAGGGCGGCCUCCACGGUUCGCUUGGGGCCACAGCACCUGCGUUGUGGGAGGAACAAAGGCAAUAGUUCUUGGAGGACAAACUGGAGAAGAGUGGACACUAACUGAAAUGCAUGAGCUUUCGCUGGUAAGCUCAUUAGUUUGAAGAUGAAAAGCUUCCUUUAAGAGACGUCUCUGGUGAACAGCUGCUUGUUCGUGUGAUUGUGACCGAGGCUGAAACAAUUUUUUCCAACAGUGGGGCUACAAAAAUAAGGUUGGCGAAGUGAUUUUACUCUGUUAUAUCAGGGUAGUUGUGGAGUAGCCCCUGAAGUGGAUCGAAUCUGACUACUCGAUCUAUGUCUGGGAGUCGCCUCAUCUAGAAGUAGGAAUAAGUUACCUCUGCUGUUGUUGUUUGUAUGGUAUACGUUGCAAUAACAUACAUAAGCUAAUCUCAGCUGUUCUUAUCAUGUUUCCAAAGGGAGGACUGGCGUUAUUAUAGCUCGAUGGCGCACAUGAGACACCGCCAUUGGUGAGAAGCCUCGCUGCGGUCUUCUGGUUUUUGAUCCAUCAAUUGCUGCUUUCUGGAUUAGCUAUGACACUGUUGUACUUAAUUUUGGUUUUGCGUUACUUUGUGCUUACCCCAGGUGAUAGUGAUACUUAUAAAAUUUUCUUUUCCAUCUUGAUUAUCAAAGGAUGAAUCUCAAUAAUUCCGUCUUAUUCGUACAUUUGUUGGAUGUUAGUACCGUGUUAAUGUCUUGAUGGUGACCUGAU